AUGGUCCUCGGACAGGUGGUGUACCUCUCUCCUGACUCCACGGUAGAGCACGCUAAGCUUAAAUCGGGUACAAUCAUCAAAGUGCUUCCCGUGAAAACCGUGCACGAAGGUCUCAAAAGCAAGGUUGAGGUAGCAUGCAAGCACGGGACGAAUGACGCGCCUGCUGCUGCUGCUGUUUCAACGGCGGGGCCUCUUCCUGCCGCCUCUGCUGCUGCCUCUGCUGCUCUUCCUUCUUCUGCAGCUCUUACUGCUGCUCUGCCAGCUGCGCCACCUUUUGCACCGCCUGCUGCGCCGUCUGCUGCGCCGCCUGCUGCGCCGUCUGCUGCGCCGCCUGCUGCGCCGUCUGCUGCGCCGCCUGCUGCGCCGUCUGCUGCACCACCUGCAGCUCGUACCAGCACCCGCAUCGACUACAGCAAGUGGGACCACCUCGAGGCCAGCAGCGACGAGGAGGAGGAGGAGGAUCAGGAGGAGGAGGAUGAGGACGAGGAGGAGGAGGUGGAGUGCAUAUUGGGACCGGACCUGAAGUCAAGAGGAGCCGCUGGGAGCAUUGGUGGAGGAAAGGCCAAGAACGCGGAAACUCCGCUGGAGAAAGGCAGCAGCAUGCACGAGGAAACAGCGCCCAAGUCACAGGCAUCAUCAUCAGCUGCAGCAGCCAAGCCAAGCAAGGCUAAGGGCGAGCCAGGAGCGCGAGAGGAGGAAGAGGAGGAGGGAAUUCAUCGGUCAGCAGGUGCUCCGAAGCGACCGGAGCAGCAGGGGGGUGUCCAGGUCCUGGAUCGAGCGGACAUGGUUCAUUACCUAGACGUGAGGAACGGCUGGGAUUUAGCCGCCUGCGAGCCCUGCUUCGAUCGUGUGGUGUCCCGGCGGUCAAAGCUCGCCCUGGGUAUCCACAGCCUGAGGGACUUGCGCUCAACCCUACGGCGGCCGCUGAAAGAAUCCGUCCGCCUCGUGCCACCACCAGCCAACCAGGCAUCGUCACCAGCCCAGAAGGCAAAGGCACGGGCGAUUGAAGAGUUCUCCUCAGGGGUUGCUGUACCGGAGGGGGCGCUGGGAGGGACGCAAGGGGUGCAGUCCUCUCGAGAGCGGUACAAGUGGAAGUGUGAGCGGGCGCCGGGGAUUUGUGCUGAGGCGAUGGUGCUAGAGUGGAUGGCAGAGCCACGUGUGGGCGUGAUGAUGGACCUUGGGAUGAUCAGAUCCCGCCUGCCGGGUAUUCUAGGGGCCCACAUGGACUCCGAUUCUGCCACGUUCCCAGGGGUAAUGCGUGAGCUGGGGGUGGGCAGGCAGGAGAAGGAGGAUGGGCUCGCCUCCCUGCUAGUGCAGGUGCUUGGCGUGAAGGACGCUGGUGAGCUGAAGGAAGGGUUUGGGUUCUUCAUGCAGAAUUUGCUGUCUGGGGGGGUGAGGGAACGCGGGGAAGGGGAGAGGAGGGAAGCGAGAGCAGGGGGGGCGGGAGGAGGGGCGGGGAGGGGGGUUGGGGAGCAGGCGGGAGGGGAGGGGUGGCGGAUGUUUGAGGAGAUGAUGGGGAUGAUGCGCAUGAUGGGUGCGAGCAAUGCGCCCACAGCGGCAGAUGUCAUGACGAGGAUGCGGCAUGUCAUGGGCGUGGAUGGGGAGGAGCAGGGCGGUGGCACGGUGGUGUGUCUGGUGGAUGAGCGUGAGGGUGGGGGGAGGGGAGGGAGACGUGGUGAGAGUGCUGGGAGGAAGGUUGGGAAGGAUGGUAAGUGGAGGGAGCACCUGAAAGGGCCUGUGUGGGAGAGGUAUGUGGAUGGCAUGGCAUGGAUUCUGGAGCAUGGUGGGGGGGAAGGGAGGGAGUUCCGGUGCAGCCACUGCAGUGAGAAUGGCAGCAGCAGCAACAGCAGUUGUAGUGGCAGCCCGAGCCUGGAUAGUCCUAUGGGCUGCCAUGCUCCCAAGGGCAUGCAUCUGAGCGGUGUGGGCGCAACCGAAUUCGCCCUUGCGUGUGCCACUGUGCUGUCUAACAGCGGGCAGCGCAAGCAGGGCGAGGUGUUCUGUAUGGACGCUGAGAGUGCGAGCAAGGCACGCGUGGAAGAUGCAGCAGUGGAGAAGGCCAAGGAGUGGCUCAGCAGGGACAUAGUGGCCCAGGCGAGGAUGAAAUGGGAGACGGAGAUGGGACAAGUCGCUUCCUUAUCCGACAUCAUUGCUUCGGAUCCAAACGGGGCUGAAAUCGCUGCUGCUGAUGCUUAUUCCGCUAGCCUCACUGACCCACCCGCCCCUUCCCCCCUCCCUGUCAACAACACGAACCCGAUCGUCUCAGCAAUGACGUAUCGGGUUGGCUGUAUCCUGCAGUGGGUGCGAAUCUACGGCUCAGAUUUCAUCUCAGCUAGGAGGUGCUUCAAGGGGAGCCCGCACGGCAAAACCUUGCCCAUGCGGCACCCGCUUCGAGACCUUCCGAGCCUGCUGGUCAGGCUAGGUGCCAUCCCCAAGCCUCUGCCUUGGAAGCAGUUUGAUUCGGAGUGGGAGGAGUGGCCACGUGGUGAGGAAGAUGCAGUGAAGCUCCCUGCCGAUCAGUGCGUGCGUUGCUUUCGUCUGGGGAUUGUAGAGGAGGCGGCGGCGGGAGAUAACGAGAACAAGGGAAGUGGCACGGGGAGCGGCGGGAAGCGUGGCAAGGGACGUGGCCGAGGGAUCAGUGGGAAGGAGGGAGGGGGAGCGCACCCCUCUAGAGGAGCAACAACCCCCCGGAACAGACCCAUGCCCAUCGUGCGAUGCGCAGCAGACGCUCAUUUCCUGGUGGAGUUUGCAGGGCAUCAGGUCUACCCCCCGGCGUGCGCCCGCUGCCGCUCGUGCCUCGGCCAGUUCACCUACCACAUCUUCUUCCUCACCCUCCUCGCCAAUUUCGCCUACCGCCCCGCCACCGUCCUCCUCAACCGCUUCCUCUCCGUCUUCCCCCCGCGCUCCCCGGAAUUCUGCAAGCUAGUAGACCUGCUGCUAUUAGAGCCGUUCCCUCGGGGCACCUGUGCGGCGUUUCAGGUGCAGGUGGUGAGGGAGAGAGCGGAGGAGAUUCCGGUCUACUUUCUGCUCAACGUGGCUCUGUACUGGCCGAAUGCGAUGCUGCAGGUCGAGGAGAUUGGCAUGGUCGGCCGGGACGAGUGGAAGGGGGAGCUGCUGGGGGGGGAAGGGAGGAAGGCAGCGGGAAGGACGCGUGGGGGUGGUGCGGGAGGAAGAGGAGAGGAAGAGGAGGAGGAUGAUGGGGAGGUGUGGGAGGAGGUGAAGGACUGGGGCUUUGCAGUGCUGAUUGCGUGGAGGACUGAUGCCAUGACUGAUUUGAUCGAUGAUUGCAGGAGAGGCAGCAGCGGCGGGCCGCCACGCAAGUGCAGCAAGGACGUGGCGACAGAGCUGUGCAACAGGUCGCUGGAGUCGAGGUUCUGUGAGGAGUGGGACCACGGGGUUCCUCCUGCCAGCAGCAGCAACACCUUCUACAGCAGCGGCAGCAGCAGCAGCAGCAGCAGCAGCAGCAGGAGCAAAGAGGGGAAGGGGAAGAAGGAGGAGGAGGAGGAGGUGCCGGCUCAUCUGAAGGCAUGGCCAGGGGGAGGUGGCUUGCCUGCGAGAGAUGCUGCUGGGGGAGCCCUGCUACCGCCCUGCCCCUGCUGCUGCCCCAAGCACUGCUGCUGCUGCACCAGAAUUUGCUGCUCCAACCUCUGCUGCUUCUGCACCAAGUUCCAUUGCUGCAAAUGCACAUCAAGGCAGUGUAGCACCUGGGGUUUCCAAGAGGCGUGUGUGCGGUGCUGCAGGGUGUGGCACGGUGGAGGGCGGUGGUGUGAAGCUGAGGAGCUGCUCUGGGUGUGGCAAGGUGGCGUACUGCAGUAG